AAUGUCGCUGAAAACUUCACAUAUUUCAAUCAUUUAUUUCAAAUUGUGGAAUCAGUAGAUUCCUCAGACACAGAGUGAUCCAAGUCAGCCGUUCACAUUUUGUCACUUUAGAUGAAACUUGGUUUUUCAGGUAAAAAAAAACAUUAACAUAAACUGAAAAGUCAUGCUAUGGCCAUGUUUAAAAUAUUUCAUGGUUGAAAUUAAGAACCCAAAGAUUAAGGAGUAAACCAGCAACACUGGGGGAAAGAACGGCAUUGCAGUAGAAGGGACAAGGGACGAGUGAGCAGAGGAGUAUUUAUUCUGAAGAAGGUGAUUAAUGGGACCAGCAUCAGGUGAGUCGAAUUAAUACAAAAGUCUUGCAGCCAUUGAGAAGCAUGAACCAAGCAACUAAGUGCUGAUGGCUCAAAACGGCCAUUACCAAGACACACAGGUGAUGUAACAUGAACAAAGGAACGACACCAAUAUCUAAACAGAGCAUUAGUAGACACAAGGAUCUACCAAAAUGCAAAAUAAAUCCAAAAAGAAAAGGAAUUCAACGCAAAAGUAGCAUAGCAGAACCAAACUCCUUUCAUGUCAAGAUACGGCCUACACAAUGACAAGAAAGGCUGUUGACUUGUCCAGCAGACAGCCAUCAGCACCCUUCACAAGGCAGAUAAACCAUAAAAGGUUAUUGCUAAAGACGUGGCAGCUCAUAGACAUCCAAGCAUAUUAAUAGAAAGUUGAGAGGAAGGAAAAAGUGUUGUAGAAAAAGAACUUGAGCAACAAAAAUAACAUGAGCUAUAAUUGGCCUCAUUGUAGGUUAGCAACUAAUGAACCCAAGAUAAACUCAGAAGUAUCUUAAAGAGAAAAAGAACUGGACUUAUGCUCAGCAGUCUAAAGCGGUCACAUUUUGCUUCUAAAUCGAGGUUUGAGAGUGUAAAGGAAAAAUAGUUUAGAGGCACAAGAUCCAGGUCGUUCGAGGUCCAGUGGGAAACUUCCAAAGCCAGCGGAUGACUUGAGCAGCCAUGUCAUCGGCUGGUUUUGGUUCACGGGGUUUCAUCAGGUAAAGGCAGAGCAGUCGGCUACCAAGAACACGUCAAGCUUUCCUCUUCUGACCAGCUUUAUGGAGACACUAAAUGUAUUUUCCUGCAGGACCUGCUCACGCUGCCCAAAGUACUAACACCUGCUUUGAUGACGGCGCUAUCACUGUGCUUGAAUGGCCACUAUAAGGGCACAACAAUGCUGCAAUGUUACAUUGCAUUAAGGCAGUAAUUCCACUCAAAAGACCUCCGGCCAAGUACUGAGGGGGUUUACUGUAGAAUACAUGGACAUCUUUUUUUUAGGAAGGAGAUUUUGGAUUAAAAUACUUCUUUUAUUUGACUAAUGUAAUAUUUUAAUUCUAAUAAUAUUCUAAUUUGUUUAAAAAACAACUUUGGUUUUCAGGGUUUUCUUCUUUUUUUUUUAGGUUGGCAAUAACUUGAAACACAUAAAUCUGCUUGAAACAAGUCCAGUUAUGAGUUUCGCUUUUUCUAAAAUUGACUCACUGAAAUGAAUUCACUUUUUGAUUACAUUCCAAUUUUACUGAGAUGCACCUGUACAGAUGAACGAGUCCCUCCGUGUGAAUUGUUGAAGGAUUCGCACGCAGAUCGUUGCAGGCUUGAACGUCCUAACAAGGAUUCAGUUUCAUCUUGGCUCCAGUCUGAACGCUCCGCCUGCUCUCACCGAGGAUAUUGACUUUCCCGCAAGUUAAAGCAUUUAAAUGUAGAGUGAGACAGAUGCUGUAUGUGGACUGGAGGCGACCGCAAAAAAAAAGAAGAAGAAAAGAAGGAACACGCGUGUGGGUGGAAGACUGGGGACGAAGGGACUUUACAAUCCGCACGUAUAGAUUGACAGCCGAGGCAACUUUGUUUGCCACUUUUUAAGGAGAUGCGCGCAUCAUCUUUCCUCACAAAUGACCGCACUCUUCAGGGGGAAAAAAAAAGCAUCUCCUCCAUGACGCGCAGAAAUCCGUUCGUAAAACUGACGAUCGUCACUCUUCGAGAGCGAUAAAGAGGGAUUAAUUUCUACGCUCAAAAACGUCAUUGUUUGAACAACUGAAUGAGUCAAUGAGGAUUUGAUGGAGGAGCUGGGCUGACAGCGACGCUCUUCACAAGACUUAACUUUUUGGAUUAGCGUGGCAGCGCCUUUUAAUUCUCCCAGACGUUCCCCUCCUGACUGCGGAGAGGACCUGCGUCGGAACUCCUGACAGUUCUGGAUCUCUUAAUUGUCAUGGGUUUGGCUUUCGGUGCGCAACCAGGAGGUUAAUUCAAACUAAACCGAAGGCAUCCAUCUACAGGAAUGGUAUUUCUGAGGGCAUCCAAAGCCGAAUCAGCGAAGUAUUCAUGAAGCAAUAUUUGAACUAUUACAGGAUGAGGCUGAGAACAUCGAGGUUAGGUUAUCUGUAAGUGUUGGAGCCGCUGGCAGAUUCUAACAUGUUUUACUUUGACUUUUUUUUGUUUGUUUGUUUGUUUGUUUGUUUUUUGGUGCAAAAACAGAUAUUUUAUUUUUUUUAUUUUAUUUGCUGUUUAUGCCGCAGGUUUCUCCAGCUCGCGGCGCUUUGCUUUUACGCACAGGACACUGUGCAGUCGCCUCCUAAUUUCAAGCAGCACGUCACCGAACAGAGCCGGCUGUCGGACCGCAUGAGCCGCAGACUGACCCGAACCUACCAGCUGUACAGCCGAACCAGUGGGAAGCACGUCCAGGUCCUGGCCAACAAGCGGGUCAAUGCUAACGGGGACGACGGCGCGGUGCACGCUAAGCUGGAAGUGGAGACAGAUUCCUUUGGGAGUCGCGUUCGGAUCAAAGGGGUGAAGACGGGAUACUACAUAUGCAUGAACAAGAGAGGGAAGCUGAUUGGCAAGCGAAAAGGACGAGGCAAGGACUGCAUCUUCACCGAGAUCGUCCUGGAAAACAACUACACAGCCCUGCAGAACGCCAAGUACGAGGGCUGGUACAUGGCCUUCACGCGCAAGGGCCGCCCGAGGAAGGCCUCGAAGACCAAGCAGCACCAGAGGGAAGCCCACUUCAUGAAGCGUCUUCCGAGGGGCCACUUGCUGAGCGACAGGAGGCCAUUCGACGUCCUCCCUCUGCCCGUCCCCGUGCAGCCUCUCAGCAGGCGGACUAAACAUUCCCAUCACCAGCGCUCUGGGGGACGCUGAGGACAGAAACCACUGAAGAGGAACAACACAGAAGAACCACUUCAAGAGAAAGCAUGGUGUGAACUCAAGUGCCCACACACUUUUUCUUUUUUUUUUUUUUUAUUUGCCUCAUUUCUGGACUUCUUACGUACUUCUUGGUUACUGGGUUUUAUGUAAACGAUCUAAUCCGCUAGUUAUUUACAGACUGUAGCAAGAUUUCCCCGUAUCUUUGGCUAUUAAAUCAGGGCAUUUUACGUUCUGGAGAGCUCAAAAAAAAAGACAAAGAAAUCUCAUGAUGAGUUAGACGUUAGCCAGCUCAGCGUUAAAAAGAAUGUUAAAAAGUGAAGCUAGACGUGGCAGCUAUCUGUGGUUACAGCAUCUCUCAGUCGACGUGCUCUCUCGGAGAAUUAUGUAACCUGUUUUUGUUUUUCUACAUAUAAGGAUAUAUUUUUACUGUAAAAAUGUAAAUUACAUCAAAGGAUGGAUAUAUUUAUUGUAGAGUGUAUAUUAAAACCACUAAAGAGUUUCGUAAGCUGCUUGUGUGCUCUCUUGUGGUUGUUUUCGAAACUAGAAGCUAGCAUACCAACCAGCCUCCUCAAAGCCCCCAAAAAAGAAAAAAAAGUUGUUGCUUUUUUGUUUUUUUCUUCGUCUUCUUCAAGCUGAAAACCUAGAUAACUGAGGGGCAAUAUCUGUGACAGGCUACUGAAUUCAAUGUGCUCAGCAAGUGAGACUUGGGCCUGAAUGGUCUGAGCUAUGCAUUAAAAGCGAUGAGGUCAGCCCACCAUUUUGGCUCAAACAAAGGUUACCACCAUGUAGUUGCAUUUCUCACGAUCGCACACCGUAACCCUCUGAUCAAAUGGGCCCUUUGUGGGACCUCAUAUAAAAGGGCAUGUUAUACAAUAGUGGGUUCGAAUAAUAACACGAGGAGGGGUCAGUUAUCAAAAAGAAGCCAGUCACACAGGGGGAGGGGUGGCAGAGAGGAAGCUGAGGGGUGGGGGGGGGGGGGGGGGAAGCACCAGGGCCUGUGUGGCAAAAUGUGGCAUCAACUGAAAGAGGGGGAAUGGCUGGGAAGAGGCAUUCGGGAAUGAAAGGGAAGCAAGAAAGAAACCCUCUUCCCAGAAGCAGUUGAGCAUGACCGUCAAAGGCCAAAUGACAGGGGAGAGGAAGACCCUAAACAGAGGAGUUGGGCUUCUCUCAUCAAGCAUGAGCUGGAUGUCAAAUUUGUUAAGUUUGUGCCUCCUGCUGCAGGACCAUGGACUUUUUCCACUUUCUGUCUACUUACAACCACAAACUAUAACCUAUUUAAGUAGUAUUCUGUGUGGUAACUAUUUACUUCAACUCAAUAUUUAAAAAAAAAAGAAAAGCUGGACCAUCCCCUAAUGAAAUGUGAUCAAAUGCUGUUUUGUCACUUCAGGGUUUGACAAAUAAAAAAAAAUAAAUAAAAAAAAGUCCCCCAACAGAAUUUCCAAAACAACAG